AUGAAACAUCGAUCGCAUUCAAACCAACCUCUUGGAAUCAUCCUCCAUGACGAAAAGUUUUAUUUCCCAGGCGAUAUCCUCAAAGGUACUAUCAUUGUCCACCCAAAGAGUCCGACUCGCACAAACCAUCUUCAGCUUCGCUUCACAGGCGAAAUCACAGUGUCCAUCAAGGACAAAAAGACAAUCCCCCUCUUUCAGAUAACAAAGAUUCUUGCCGUUAGCAAAUCUGGAAAAGCACACGUAUUGGAAGCAAGGCAGCAUCACUUCCCAUUCGAAUUUGUCGUACCCGCAGACCUUAACCUACCAAGCACCAUGGAGCACAAAAAGAAUGCUAGUGUACGCUAUAGGCUGACCGUAGUACAGGACCGACCUCUAGUCUUGGAAUCCCUUUCACCUAAAAUAGGGUAUUCCGUACCUAUUCUGGAACUCAUUGACGUGAACGCACCACACCUAAGCAUGGCUCAAGAAAGAAUAGUCGAAAUACCCUUACCAAGACCAUCUCUUGCCACAAAAUUUUAUUGUAAAGUGUCUAUGGACCGCCUUGGUUUUACAAGAGGUGCAAUAGUUUGUCUCAACAUAACAAUCAGUCACUCUGAACUCCUCGUGCUAAAAAACGCAAUAUCGGUUGAAUUGAUAAGAACAAUUGAAAUGCAAACAGACAAAAAUUCACAAAAGAAAGAAGACGUAUUACGAUCAAGACAAUUCGAUCUAAACAUCAUCGGUCCUUUCAACUUUUCACAAUCCAUUCCAUGCCAGUUGACGAUACCUACAUCAACUCCACCAUCGACUGCUCACCUGUCUUUAAAGAUCGACUAUAAAAUUCGCGUACGAUUUUUGAUCGAUGGAAAAAAGCAGGCACUAGAUAUACCAAUGAUGGUCGGUACCUGGCCUCCUACCGCAGUACCAAUAGAUGACGAAGACGACGAAGAAAUAUAUCAGUCCAAACGUCCUACCAUGGUCAGCGAAAUAAAAGACGACGAAGACAAUAUCGACGACGAAGAAGAAGAAGAAGAAGAUAAAAUACAAGACAGAUAUAGAUACAAAUACAAAGACAAAGAAAGAAUAGAGAAAAGAGAAGAAAGACAUGAUUCUAUAUCAGACCUUCAAUACCUUCAACUCCAGCCGCAAAAAUCUUCUCGGCCGAUAUUGGUGGUCGAGACAGGGGUCGGCAGGUCCGGUUCUGGUGCGUCUCGGUCAUCAAAGCACUCUAACGGAUCCUCAGCAUCUUCGGAAUCAUACCUUACCCAUCUAUCUUGGGACGACUCCUCUCUCUCACGCAACACAUCCCUCAGUACCACCCAAUCUCACCUUGAUAAUGUCUUUAGACGCUCCUCUUCAUCGACCACACCUCAUGACCUUUAUAGACCUAAAUCUAUCGCUGCACCAAUGCCUCUAUACAAUCAGUCUGGGCCACCCCUUCCAAAGCACGGAUGCAUAUCUGAUGCCAUAGUUCUCCAGCCAAUCAUCACUCCACAUACUCACAUACAAAGUUUUGUUCCCCCUGACCUUGAUGACGAUGAUGAUGACGAGGACGAGGACGACGACGACGACCCUAUUAUAAUUGCCCGUCGAAAUCAACGAAAACUUCAAAGAACUCUUUAUCUCCCAAUAAACAAAGAAAAAAACUGGUUGUAUGUUAUCAAGAAAGUCUCUCCCAGCUUAAACAGCGAGACCAUACCAUAUAAUACCAUCUAA